UGCUGGAGGAGCAGAGGCUGGAUGGCAGAGGACCUUCAGAAAUACUGUAAUAAUCCCCGAAUGUGAUGAACAUAUAAAACCAAUCAUCUGCAGGAUAAUCUGACGCACAGAGGGAGGCAACACUGUUCCAUCUAUUCUUGGAAUUUGGAAUUAAUAUCAGAUUUCUAUUCAAAAGGUGUGCCAAACCAAGAUGCAGCCCUGUUGUUCCUUCCUGUUAUUACUAUGCGUGGCCCAGCUGCUCUCCCCGUCCGCUGCCCUGCCGUUCGAGCAGAAAGGCUUCUGGGAUUUUGCCUUGGACAGUCUGGACAUUGACAUGAAGGCCAUGAUGAAGGAUGAGGAAGAAGGAUCAGCCAUUGAAGAGUUGCCCCCUCCUGACAUGCCCACGUGCCCCUUCGGCUGCCAGUGUCGACUCAAAGUGGUCCAGUGCUCUGACCUCGGUCUGAGUGAGGUGCCAAGUAAUAUUCCUCCUGACACCAGGUUCCUGGACCUUCAGAACAACCAUAUCACGGAGCUGAGAGAGAAUGACUUUAAGGGCCUCGCCAAUUUAUAUGGAUUAUCUCUGAGGAACAACUACAUCUCUAAGGUCCACCCCAAGGCAUUCAUCCCUCUGCAGAGCAUGCAGAAGCUGUACUUCUCCAAGAAUCUGAUGACCAUGAUCCCUAAGAACUUGCCUGCCUCCUUGGUGGAGAUCAGGAUCCACGAGAACCGCAUCAGGAAGGUGCAAUCUGGUGCCUUCUCAGGACUGGGCAACAUGAACUGCAUAGAGAUGGGAGGAAACCCCAUCCAGAACAGCGGUAUCGAGCCUGGUGCCUUCAAGGGCCUCAAACUAAACUUUUUGCGCAUAUCAGACAGCAGACUGACUGGAGUGCCCAAAGAUCUCCCCGAGAGUCUCCAUGAGCUUCAUCUUGACCACAAUGAGAUCCAGGCUGUGGAAUUGGAGGACCUGAAACGCUAUAAGAACCUGUACAGGUUGGGUCUUAGUUUUAAUCACAUCCGUAAUAUCGAAGGUGGAGGUCUCGCCUUUGUACCGCAGCUUAGAGAGCUGCACCUGGACAACAAUCGUCUCUCCACUGUUCCCAAAGGCCUCCCAGAAAUGAAGUACUUGCAGGUGGUGUACCUUCAUAAUAACAACAUCGGCAAGGUGGAUUUGAACGCCUUCUGUCCUAAAGGAGCAGCGGGAAUGAAGAGGGCUUUCUACCAUGGCAUCAGUCUCUUCGCCAACCCCGUCAACUACUGGGAGGUGCAGCCCGCAACGUUCCGCUGCAUCAGCGACCGAAUGGCCGUCCAGUUCGGAAACUACAAAAAGUAGAGGAGGGGCGGGGGUUUGCUUGGAAAUGCGGAUUAGGAGGGUCGUAUGAUGGAGAAAUGAACGAGACAAUUUAAAUUAAUAAAAAUUCUAAAUGUUUGGGAAGAUGGACAUUUUCUUUAAUUGUUUUUCUUUGAUGGGAAGGAAGUGGAUAAAGUUUAAGUUUAAAGUCAGUUGAGAAGAUAAUUCUCAUCUCGGAAGAAUGUUUGGCCCCAACAAAAGGAGUAAAAAAAAAAAAAAAAAAAAAUAAUAAUAAUAAUAAUAAUAAUUGCCCCUUGCACAAUGCCGCUUUUUAUAAUUGAAGCCUAUUUUAUUUUGUAUUCAGAUUACCCGUUGACACAACCCAGAAAAGCCUUGUUAUAGAUAUUUAAAUUUAGAAUUUUUUUUGCUUUUUAUGACUGAAUGUUGUAGUACUGGAGAGUUGUCUUUAAAUCUUUAAAUUGUGCAAAUUAUGGUGUUAUGAUCCAACACUAUUUCUCACCAUUGUUGCAACCAACAACAAGACUUACAGAAACCUAGAUGCUAAUUUGACUUUAGGUGGUUCAAUAACAUGUUUUCUUUGGACUUGGGGUUCACUUGACAGACGGGCCUCUUGUCAGCAGUAAACAUGUUUUGUAUUAAUCUGACUGAACUGCCAUCCUUUCUGCGUCGAGAGUCUCUUGUGCCUUUUAUCACUAUUUCGGUGUCUGUAAGUAGUCCUCGAGUGGGCACUAAAGUCGUGGGGGUGUGCCCCAUUUAGAGCAACGCACACACCAGCUUUGCUUGCGGACAAUAGAAAGUAUUGUGUACACGUAGUGCUGCAAACGCAAGUAGUGUUGAUGCAUUGUUUUGCACAAUUUUUUGCUCACUCUUCUCUGUGCUUGGUAAUGCAAACACGCUUUUUUUUACCGUAGAUAUGUUGUCCUUGUCUCCACUCUGUAAUCUGACAAGCUACUGCUGCAUGUGAAUAAAGACAUUUCGAAAUGCUGCAUUAAGCCAGAGAGCAACCUCUGGGUCCAAUAUCACAUUGAGGAAACAUUUCAUGGAAUGAAUCAUACACAUUCUAUUAUUAUCAUAAUAUAACUGUUAUUAUUUGAAUUGUUCGAGAAGAUGUCAUCGGGUCCUUAGUGGAGUUUACGCAUACUGGCUUGAGCACAUGAAUCUGUCGUCAAUUUAAAUCCAUAUUCUAUGUUUAAUGGUGCUAUACAGUAUGUGCAUCCCCCCCCCCCCCCAGUGUAAACCUUCACAGAUUAUUACCAACACAACAGAAUGCAAA